AUGAAAUCCCUGGCCAAGGGACUAAAUCUCAAAUGCAACUACAUCGAUCCAACAAAGCACAUGCCAAAGGGAAAACUGAAUUUUGGGAAAUAUAUGAAUUCUUUCUACUUUGCACAAUAUCGUUUGUGUCACUACAAAGACGCGACUUUCAACUAUGACUUGACGAUUGGGAUGACAAUGAUUUUAUUGAGCCAAACGACAAUCUGGGUGAAUUUGCUUGCAAUUCGAGCGAUUCGAAGGAACCCCAAUGUGGCGUCACUGCAGCGCUAUCUGCUUCUCGUCGAUUGCACUCUGCGUGCAACGCGUGGCCUUGCCGAGCUCUACUUUGCGAGCUGUACCGCCGAGUUUGGCUACGAUAACAAACCUCAUUGUCUCAGCUCUAUCGGUUAUCCAUGGAGUGGAGUGAUGCUCAAUCAAAUCAUCAGCACACUCUACAUUUCCAUCGGCUAUUCGGUGCAAUGGCUCGAAACGGCUAUCUCUGUUAAUCGGGUGACCGCUGGGCAAUGUCAUGGCAAUGUACAGGGUGAUCUCUGGGCAAUGUCAUGGCAAUAUGAUCUCGUGACCGUUCAUUUCUACAUCUUAUUGGGCGUAUGCCUUGUGUCCCUCAUUGUCGAGCCGAUCACCUGGAUGAGACAACGAGAGGCGGGAACUGACGGAGUGGAUAAGAGAAAGCUCAAAGCCGAAGAGGGAUUCUCGAUUCAGAUGAUUUGCAUUAACUUGAUGAAUAUGGUUGUUUCCCUGGUGAGCGUGAUUGCAAUGAGCAUCUUCAACAACGUGAUCGAGAACGGGCCGGCCACAGAUGGGUCCCAAGCCAUCUACACGUGUGCGUUGAUUGUAUGCGGUUGCUUGCAAAGCUUGAUCAUCAUUUAUUUUAAUUGGAGGAUUGUGGAAAAGAGAGAUGAGCAUUCAACCUUUUCGAAAGCCUUUUCGGAAAGUAAAAAGGAG